AUGGAACUUCCAGAUGCUGAAUCUGCCAACAAUGUCAUGGUAAAAGUUCUUGGUGAAUACAAUCAUAUCCUCAUCUAUGCCUUUGCAGACUCAGAGAAUCACAAGGUAAAGGAACGUCUUCUGUUUUUCUUAAGGCAGAGAUAUGAGAGACUAGGAGGUCAAUCUGCCAUUGACAAGGUCAUUGCUGGCUAUGAUGACUUGUGCUGCAACAACUCUGACCCAGCAGAUCAUUUCCUGCCCAGAAUCUUUCCCAAAUGCAAGAGAGCCUUCCUCAAGGAUGUUUGGCAUGCUAUUGAUGUUGUCAAGCGUGAAACUACAGGGGCAGACCAUCCCCUUCAUGAUGCCUUUGUCAGGGGACUCUGGAAUGCCAUCUUGAAAUGGGACUUUGACUCAACAUCAAAGGCUCUGGAACACUUCAGAACUUCUAAUCCUGAUGGAGAGAAAUACCGCAAUAGAGAAACAGCACAAGAGGCAAUGUCUAAGCUUUCAAGAUACAGAGAUGCAAUCUACAACUACAUUCCAAGCAACACCUAUAAGAUGGCUUCUGAUGUUUGGGAUCUAUAUCAAGGUACCAAGGACCUAGACACGAAACAAAAACUCCAAGCACAGCUCAAUGGGGAAGGCUACAGGCCUUUCUUUAAGAAAGCGAUCAGAAAUCAUCAAUAUGGCGCAGAGGCUGCUGUGCAAAAUCUCAUGGAUCAUAUCAAGAAAGGCUGCUUGAGUGAUCCUUUGCAGCCCAAAGAAAUGAGCUACAGAGCCAGUAAUAAGGAUCAUUCCGAUGGAGGUCCUCCCUUGCUUAGGCGUCGGCGAGGAACCAAUGCAGUCGAGACUGAAAAUAGAUAUGGAGAACAAGAUGCCACGGGUGGAGUCUCCAGGCAGAGAUCUUCCCUUACUCACAAGAAGUAUUUACUACAUGUGAGCGAUCACAACCUCAAGUGUGACAGAAACACCAGUCACAUCACUGGCAGAGCUGUUAGGCCACGUGAUUGGUUUGUUAAAGAAGCCUUGCAAAAAGAUCUUACCAACUUGACAACAACUAUGUACGAUGAUGGUAUAUUGUACCCUCCUCAAGUGGAUUUGGAGGCUCACAUGGAGCCCAUUGGCGAGCUGUACCAAUUGUACGAAGAGUGGGAGAAGAUUGACAGCAUGAUUCAAAGCUUGGCUCCUUCUGCUACUACACAACAAGAUGUAGAACCUAUGGAAGAUGAUCAUCUCUAUGGUGAUAUUGAGGAUGAAGACAUCCCUGAUGCUUUGUUUGAGUCUUUUGACCAACUAGGGAAUGAGGAUUCACCAUCAAUUGAGGCAUCACCACCCCCUCAGCAGCCACAGCAGCCACAACAACAGAUGGAGGUGGCUCACACGUUUGCCACUACUCAAGCUACAUUCUCAAAAAGAGUGGCUGAAAGAAACACACCUCCUGGGAAAAAACCCAAACCAAUCAACCCAGGCUUUGGCUCUGAGAGAUAUGGGGCCAGAAAAGCUCUCUUCGGUGCAAUCACAGUUCACAAUACCUAUCUGUCUGAGCCACUGACUCCAGCUCAGAGAACCUAUGUCCUUGCGGCAUACAGACGAGUGCUAUCCGCUACUAAUCCCAGCAAUCCACCUUCACUUGACAUUAUUAACCAGCAAGUGACUCUACAAUUCAAUCUGUGGCACCUUGAUGCAAUCAAUAAGGGAGACAGUGCUGGCUAUGGAGGAAUGAUCAGGGAAGGCACAGUGAAAGCAUGCCUUAAACAAGCUGCAAGGCCUGUCAUGCAACAACAGAUUCAAGCUCGGGCUGCUGCUAUAGCCGGUGGCAGGGUUGCACCUGUACCCACAUGGCAACAGAUCCAAGCCAUGACCCGACAAGACCUUAGGGAACGUCUCAAGAACAUGAAUCUAACCCAACGUGGGUCUGCUCCUGUCCUAAGGGAUAGACUAAAGAAGCACUAUGGACUAUAG